UGUACGGCAAACAAUCGGUGCGAGAUUGCCCUUUUCUCUUCCUUAUCCCGUUUAUAUGAUCGGAGAGGAACUGCGCUUCAGGUUGGAAGCGGUGCGAACAUGGCCGAGCGAGUCCAGCAGCCCCCAGCCAAGAGGCUCUGCUGCCGGCCCGGCUACAACCCGGCGUGCAGGCAGGGGCAGCGGGCUGGAGGUGUCCUGUGUGGCGGCGCGGGGUCCGCUCCGGGAGGGUCGGGAAAUGGGAAAACGCACAACCCCGAGUCGUUGCUCGAUAUCGCGGCUCGCAGAGUCGCGGAGAAGUGGCCGUUCCAGAGGGUGGAGGAGCGGUUCGAAAGGAUCCCGGAGCCCGUCCAGCGGAGGAUCGUAUAUUGGUCUUUCCCGAGAAGCGAGAAGGAGAUCUGUAUGUAUUCCUCUUUCAACGCUGGAGGAGAGGAAAGUGGAACUAGCGGGGACAAUAAUGACGAGACCCAGCUGCCUUUCCUACGGGGUGUCACUCUGUUGGAGGGUGGCUGGGUGGACAACGUAUUGCAAGUCGGCUUCCACCUGAGCGGCACAGUGACGGACCCCGCCACCCCCUCGUCACCGGAGCUCGUUUGCAGCGUCAGCGUGAGCUUUGAUCGUUGCAAGAUCACGGCGGUAACGUGCACUUGUGGAAACAAGGACAUCUUCUAUUGCGCCCAUGUAGUGGCGCUGUCGCUUUACAGAGUACGGAAACCGGAACAGGUCAAGCUGCACCUGCCCAUCUCGGAAACCCUCUUCCAGAUGAGCAGAGACCAGCUGCAGAAGUUCGUCCAGUAUCUGAUAUCAGUCCACCACACUGAGGUUCUGCCUACUGCGCAGAAACUGGCAGACGAGAUUCUGUCACAGAACUCUGAGAUCAAUCAGGUCCACGGGGCCCCGGACCCCACAGCGGGAGCUAGUGUGGAUGAUGAGAACUGCUGGCACCUGGAUGAGGAGCAGGUUCAGGAGCAGGUCAAGCUCUUCCUGUCCCAGGGAGGAUACCACGGCUCGGGCAAGCAGCUCAACCUGCUCUUCAGCAAGGUGAGGGAGAUGCUGAAGAUGCGUGACUCCAACGGAGCGAGGAUGUUAACACUGAUCACAGAACAGUUCAUGGCAGACCCUCGGCUGGCGCUGUGGAGACAGCAGGGCACCACCAUGACCGACAAGUACAGACAGCUCUGGGAUGAGCUGGGUGCCCUGUGGAUGUGCAUCGUACUGAACCCCCACUGUAAACCGGAGCAGAAGUCAUCAUGGCUGCGCCAGCUGCGCAGAUGGAACAGUGUGGACGUUUGCCCCUGGGAAGACGGUAACCACGGCAACGAGCUGCCCAACCUCACCCACUCACUGCCUCAGGGCGCCCAUGGCAACCAAGAGAUGCGCCCCCACAGGACUGUGUUCACACGGGCCAUCGAGGCCUGCGACCUGCACUGGCAGGACCGACACCUCCAGCACAUCAUCGCCAGUGACCUCUACGCCAACUACUGUUACCAUGACAACCAGGAGGGUUCUCUCUUCGACUCACGUGGUUGGCCCUUAUGGCACGAGCAUGUCCCAACAGCCUGCGCCAGGGUGGACGCCCUGCGUUCCCACGGUUACCCGAGAGAAGCCCUCCGUCUGGCCAUCGCCGUGGUCAAUACGUUACGAAGGCAGCAGCAGAGGCAACUGGAGCACUUUCGUCGGCACAAGAAAGAGUUGCUCCAUAAAGGCCACACUUCCAUAACCAACAUGGAGGGCUGGGUGGGGCAUCCCCUGGAUCCCAUUGGCACCCUGUUCAGCACCCUAACAGAGUCAGGACGAGUGGGCGAGGAGGGCUCUAACACCUGCUUAGACCUCUCAGAUUGCUCCAGCGUCGUAAGCCGAGCGGACCUCCAGCGGAUGCCCGUGCAACGAUUGCUGGGGGACGGCGAAUCGUACGUGGCGCUGGCCGUGGAGACCGCUCUGAUCGGCCUAGGCCAGCAGCGGGUGAUGCCCGAUGGGCUGUAUGCUCAAGAAAAGGUGUGUCGCAAUGAAGAGCAGCUCUUGGCCAAGCUGCAGGAAGUGGAACUGGACGACUCCCUGGUCAAAAUCUUCCGUAAACAGGCCGUCUUCUUGCUGGAGGCUGGUCCGUACUCUGGCCUCGGAGAGAUCGUCCACAGAGAAAGUGUCCCCAUGCACACCUUCGCCCGCUAUCUCUUCACCUCUCUCCUACCUCACGACGCUGAACUGGCGUACAAAAUUGCACUGAGAGCCAUGCGGUUGCCGGUGUUGGAGUCGACGGCAUCAUCCGGUGACCUGUCGCGACCUCACCACAUCGUGUCCGUAGUGCCCAACCGCUACCCGCGCUGGUUCACCCUGAGCCACAUAGAGUCCCAGCAGUGUGAGCUGGCCUCUACCAUGCUCACUGCUGCCAAAGGCGACAGUCGCAGGCUGGAGACGGUCCUGGAGUCCAUCCAGAAAAACAUUCACUCCUCGUCUCACAUCUUCAAACUGGCGCAGGACGCGUUUAAGAUUGCCACGCUCAUGGACAGCCUGCCUGAUAUAACACUUCUCAAAGUCUCUCUGGAGUUAGGACUGCAGGUGAUGAGAAUAACUCUGUCCACAUUAAACUGGAGGAGGAGAGAGAUGGUUCGCUGGUUAGUCACAUGUGCCACUGAAGUUGGUGUGUACGCACUGGAUAGCAUCAUGCAGAGCUGGUUCACCCUCUUCACCCCCACGGAAGCCACCAGUAUCGUGGCCACCACUGUCAUGUCCAACAGCACUAUCGUCCGCCUGCACCUGGACUGCCACCAGCAGGAGAACCUGGCUUCAUCUGCUCGCACCCUCGCCCUACAGUGUGCCAUGAAGGACCCCCAGAACUGCGCCCUCUCCGCUCUCACGCUCUGCGAAAAGGACCACAUUGCCUUUGAGACAGCCUACCAGAUUGUACUGGACGCGGCGGCGACAGGAAUGAGCUACACGCAGCUGUUCACUAUUGCGCGCUACAUGGAACACCGCGGGUAUCCAAUGAGAGCGUACAAGCUGGCGACGUUAGCAAUGGCCCACCUGAACCUCAGUUACAACCAGGACACGCACCCGGCCAUCAACGACGUGCUGUGGGCCUGCGCGCUCAGCCACUCGCUGGGGAAGAACGAGCUAGCGGCUGUAAUCCCCCUGGUGGUCAAGAGCGUCAAGUGCGCCACCGUGCUGUCUGACAUUUUGCGGCGGUGCACGCUGACCACGCCGGGCAUGGUGUCGGCGCUGCACAGCCGCAGGAAUUCUGGGAAGCUGAUGUCGCUGGACAAAGCGCCGCUCAGGCAGCUGCUGGACGCAACCAUUGGGGCCUACAUCAACACCACGCACUCACGGCUCACGCACAUCAGCCCGCGCCACUAUAGCGAGUUCAUCGAGUUCCUGGGGAAAGCCCGGGAGACUUUCAUGAUGGCUCACGACGGACACAUUCAGUUCACCCAAUUCAUAGACAACCUGAAACAGAUCUACAAGGGCAAAAAGAAACUAAUGAUGCUAGUGAGGGAGAGGUUCGGCUGAGGGCGAGGCCGAAGGGGAGGUGGUGAAAAAGCCCGCCCCUCCCCGCCCUCCUCCCACUCUAGUACUUUUCUAUUAACUUGAGUCUGCCUUUUGAACUUCUUUUUGGACUGAUUAAAAAUAGACAAGUAAAAAAAAAAAGAGGGAUGCGACUUGUAGAAUGAAGCAAAAAAGAGAAAGGAAAAGAUGACAAAAAAAUCAACAGAGCCACACGCGGUAUUAUUGUUCUUGCUGUUGUUAUUGUCAUAAACAUUAUUACUAUUAUUAUUAUUAAUAAUAAUAUUAUUACUACUAUGUGUACAGAAGUGUUUUUAUUUUUCAGAAGAGAGGAAAUUUGUCACAUUGUGAAUGUUGUGUGUAUUUCUCUACAUGUGUGCGAGACGAAAACGAAAGCGAAACGGCUUUUUUUUUUCUUUCCGUUCCUUUUCGUUCCUCUAAUGAUUUAAAGCAUCUCCCCCCCUCCCUCCCGUUUCAGUGUAUAUUGAGUUACAUGUUGUCAAGUGGCUGAAGCCCUUCUACAAUGGCGCUCAUGUUAAAAAAGAAAAAAAAAGAGGAAAAAAACACAACAAAAAAAAAAAAGAGAAAACUUGGUAUCCUCAAAGAGAAACUAAGGCUUUAAAAAAACACACUCAAAACACACAGAGCACCUCCCUCUGUCCACGCCCUCACCGGCGGGCGCUGGCCAGCACUGCACAGCUUAGCUUGGCUCGGCACAGCUUGGGUUAGCACUGAAAGAAAAGCCGCUAUCAGCAUUUUCUCCAGACACAGCAGCAGUAGCAGCAGAAGCAGCAGCACUGGAGCAGCCAUUAGUUUUCUCUGAGUUCCAGGCAUUAGCUUCAUUAUACACAACAAUGCUCUCAGCUAACUCGUGUUGUUGAUAUUGUUAUAAUCUUACCCACCUCCAUAAUGAGUACCUGUUCCAGACAGAAGACAGUAAUGCAGGCGCUAUAGACAAAGAUAAUGAGUAUUCUUGUUAUAGCUUCAGCUUCAGCUACUUCAAGCUGAAGCAGAACCCCAGAGGCAGACGACUACCUCAUGAUACGGUAUUGAACUGCUCCCAGAUUAUUUUUUUUCUUCUUUUUUUAUUUGCUAUUGUGAUUGUUAUCGUCUAUGAUAGCUGACAGUGUUAAUUAAACAGGGGGAUUCAUCAGUGAGACCGAGGUUAUGAGGAAGCUUCAGAUUCCCGCUAAGUGUUUCUGCCCUUGGCUCUGCUGUACGUCACUGCCCUGGCAUCAGUACUUGCACCCCCCCUCUCCAAAAAGCUUCAACACACACACGCGCACACACACAGUGUAUCAGUAUAUCAGUCCACUCUCAUCUAUAUACAGCCGCCAUCAUCGUGGUGUUUUCCGACUCGGCCAGUGUCACCUCCCUCUGUGCAUGUGAAUCAUAGAAAUUAGACUUUCUACUGUUAUAGUUGAUUGUGUGGAACCUUCAGUAAUUGUCAGCCAGAACGUUCUCAGGGAUUUCUCUACACAGGAAGAAACAACAACAAAAAAG